AAAAUGGAUAACUCACAAAGCAGACAACUUUCAUACCCUUCUCUACAAAAAUCAGACAUCACUCGCCUAAUUUCAUACGUAAAAUGCAACCAAAAGAACAUCAGAAUAAAGUCCUUUUUGGAAAAGAAGCCAUUUUCUAGAACCGCCCACUCACCUUCCAAAUCCCCUUCCUUCACAACCUAUUUCUCCCCUUCCCAAAACCCCCGCUUCCAACCCCCUAGUAUAAACUCAACUUUGGGCACCUUCAAGCACGAACAGAACUCUUCGUCAGUUCCCUUCCUACACAGAUCAGUCAGAACUAAACUAGAAGAGGUUAACAAAAAUGAACUUUUUAUGGAAGGAAUUUCAGAUUUAGCUGUAAGGACGAAGAAUAGUGAGGGUACUACUGAAGGAGGAGGAAGGGUUCGGAGUAGAGUCUCGAGGAAUUUGGGAGUAGGUCGAGAGGGGGUGUUAGGAAGAAGGAAUUAAGACCUUACAGUUGUCGAAGUUUUUGAGGAAAAAGAUUAUAAGGAAUAGAAGGAAAGUAGCGGUGAGCAAACUUACUUCUCCAGUACAUAAUGAUUCGAAAAUGAAUAUUGAGGAGCAAAAAUAAUCCAAGAGUAUUGAGGCAAUCAUCGUUAUCUCUUCAGAUUAGAAGUAGAAAUUUCAAAUCUUCUGAAAGAAUCAAGCAAGCUCAUACCCAGCUGCAACAGCUAGAAUCUAAAAUCUUUACUAGGAUGAUGUCUCCCAACCCUUCUCAGCUCAAACUCAAGGACAAGUUAGCAGAACUAAAUGAGGAAAUGAAGAGAACAGCUAUGAAUAAUAGCAGGGCUAUUCAAAACUUUUCUAUUACCCUUUCAAAUAACAAGAAUAAGGUAGUCUUCCUAGACUCAAUGAAAGUGGGAUACUAUAAAGUAUUCAUUCAAAGAGCAAAAACUCCUCUAGUGUUCACAAUUGAGUCAACUUCUACUGAGAUCACAACCUGAGUCUCAUUCUCAACCCAUUUCCCUGAUAUUGAUAAUAACUGUGGGAUCUAUGAGCCUGGGAAGAUAAAAAUUAAGGCUAUUAAUGAUCAGAAAAUAUUCCAUGAAGAGUUCUUAUAUCUUUCAAUAUUAAACAUGGGAUACAAAAGAGCAAAGGUCAAAUUAGUUUUCAAAGCUCAAAAGAAAAAUGAUAAUUCCUUCUCUUCCAUCGCGGACAUGCUUGGAGAGAAUGAUUUAUGGACGAAUAUCAGAGAACAGCAGAAACAGAGGCUUUAUAACACAAAGGAUAAAAUCACCAAAAAGCUUGAUGAAAUCUUGAGCCAUCCUAACAACUUCAUAGAGUUUAGUGACUGCCUUGAUGGAAUUUGUGAGAGGAAAAACAAGGAGUCAAUCCAGAAGUAUAAUUCAAACGAAUCUAAACUCAGGAAGGUUCAGAAAUACCUUUCCCCACUCAAGAACAGUGGGAUGCAAGAGUAUGAAUACAAGUACAAGCGUAGCGUAGAGAACAAAGCUAAGAUUGAAGAGUGGGAUCAUAAGAGAAAAGUCUUUAUGCUACAUAAAAAGGAAUACAAGAAGUCUUACCUAAGAAAGCUCUCUGCUGAAAAAGCAAUAAAUGACGAGAAGCAAGGCGUUGCAAGAGGCUGGCUCUUGUACUUUCAGUUAAAGAGAAUAAUGGCAGCCCAGCUGAAGAAAUAUCGGUCUAAGAAAGCUGUCAGGCUUAGAGAUGAAGCAGUAAUUGCUAUGAAGGAUAAUAAAAAUCAGAUGGUGGAUAGAAUCUCAAGAUGUUUCUUUAGAUUUGUUGGAGUCAAAAAUAAGAUGUUUGAUGGCAGGAUUCAAAGAUCCAUCGCUUUCUCAUCAAAAUUUGUAGCUCUUUCGAUACAGAAUAAUGUGAGGUUUGAGGCAAAGAUGACAAUCCUGAACUUUUUCCGUAACAGAGAAGAGGCUUCGAAAUUUUACUCCAAAGCAAUAAAGUACAGAAAUCAGGUGUUGAAAAUUAGGGAUAGAUGGAAGAAGAAAAUGGAUGAGACUAUAAAAAAAUACAAUAUUUUGGAUGCUAUCUGGAAUAAGGAAGUCGGAAAUCUAAUCCAGUUUCUCAAAGAUGUUAAUAAUCCGACUCCUGCUCAGAAGAAGAUGAUGAAAAAGCUCAAGAAGAUUCCUGAAGAGCUAAAGGAUAUGGCUUUGUAUCUGUAUUACGAAAAAUGUAAGAACAAACAUAGUAUCGAGUUCUUCUCCUGGCUCGAAAAAUACAGAUCGAAUGCCAAAGAAUUAGUGUUUAAGUAUGUCAAAAGAUUCAACGACCAAAUCAAUAAAGAGAACGAUAAGGCUGAUGAAAAUAGCGAAGAAGAAAUUGAAGAGGAAGAAGAAGUCGAGGGUGAAACUUCUCCACCGGAUAGAUCUCCUUCUAAGAUGUUAGAAAAGGUUAGAAAUUUAGCUACUCCUACAAAUGCCUACCUUCGUUUACUAAAGCCAGAGAUACAAGAUUUAGAUAUGAUUGGUAUUAACCUGAAUUCUACCACGCUGAAGAAAAAGAAAGUUAAUCAAGUGAAGAUGAAAAUCUUUGAAGGUCUUGAAGUCUCGAAGGAUAUCAUCAUUCCUCCUUCUGAUCCUCAAGACGACAAAGACACGUUUGUAGCUCCUAAGCUCAAGUACAUUCCUACUGCUGAUCUGAUGCGUGAGCAGAUAAUCCGUGCAUGCUACGUAAAGAACCACAAGAAGUUUAUCAAGGACAACACAUAUGAGAAGUACGAUAUUAUGAAAGAUUUUGGAUUUACUUCUUAAGUG